UUAUGCGGCCAGCGUGCAGUGGUACGGCACCUCCGUCUUCGCCUCGCUGCUGCUGAUGCUCUUCAACUUUCUCUUCAUGUCGUCGGUAGCCUCGCUGAGCAACAUUUGGAAAAGCAUCUCGCGCCAUCUUGAAUCUGGUCGCCUUAUAGGAUUGGCGGAUAGUGUGGAAGAUGGUCCACAUGAUUUUCCGCAUCUCUUCACCUUCACUGUCCUUGCCGUCUUUGAGUGUCUCCGAGAUGGCCUCACGAAGCUUCUCAGUGUCUUUGACAAUAAUCUUGAUGAGGUCUUGAACAGACUUGAUCGUCUUGAAUUGUCUGGCCAU